AUGAGUAAUCUCCGUCUGCAAAAACGUUUGGCUUCGGCCGUUUUGAAGUGCGGAAAGCACCGCGUCUGGCUCGACCCCAACGAGGUCAGCGAGAUCUCCGGAGCCAACUCCCGCCAAAGCAUCCGCAGACUCGUCAAUGACGGACUCAUCAUCCGCAAACCAGUCACCGUUCACUCCCGUUUCCGUGCCCGUGAGUACGAGGAGGCCCGCAGAAAGGGACGUCACACCGGUUACGGAAAGCGCCGUGGUACUGCCAACGCCCGUAUGCCAGAAAAGACCCUCUGGAUCCGACGCAUGCGUGUCCUCAGAAAUCUUCUGAGAAGAUACAGAGAUGCCAAGAAGUUGGACAAGCAUCUUUACCACGAGCUUUACCUCCGCGCCAAGGGAAACAACUUCAAGAACAAGAAGAACCUCAUCGAGUACAUCUUCAAGAAGAAGACUGAGAACAAGAGAGCUAAGCAACUUGCCGACCAAGCUCAAGCCAGACGUGACAAGAACAAGGAGAGCCGCAAGCGCCGCGAGGAGAGACAAGUCGUCAAGCGUGCUGAGCUUCUCAGAAAGAUUUCCCAGAGCGAGAAGAUCAUCGCCGGAAAGUAA